AUGCAAACUAUAACACAGGAAGAACUGGAUAGAAAAUCCUGGAAAUACAUAGGAUAUAAAGACUUUUGCGAAUUUUCGGCCAAUUCCGAUGAAUUCUUCGCCGUCCGGAGAUUCGAUGAGCUUCAUUGUCGUCUUCUACUUGCACUUCAAGACAGACUUUCCAAUUUAGAAGAAGAACUAGACACAAUGGAUGAAAGGCUGCGUCACCGUGGACAUGCGGACAUUGAUAAUGGUUCGUUCAGAAAAGAUCAACCAGAGAGAACUGAAUUACUCGAAAAGAUCGGGGCGGCAUUGCACAACUAUGAUACUCUCUUGUCGCAAUACAUCCAGCUGAGAGGCGCACAACGAGCAUCGUCAGUCACUACAAGUAACAUCAAACGACGGCUGAGAAAUUUCAAUGCGCCAAUCGAGCCGAAAGAAAUUCACUACUUGGAUAAAAGGGACCUCGUCUCAAUAUCUCCACAAGCGAAGUCGAGCGUUCAACAGAUUUUCGAACAGAAAGUUGGUCUCCCAAUCGUCGAAUGGCUCCAAAGACAGAACCACACACAUCGGCAACGAACCGUACAUAAUCAUGCUGUCUAUCUCGAUGAUGACAAAUUCGAAAUCUUCACAAGUCUCGGUCUGUAUGUCGCAGCUAUCACAAUGCUAGCGGCACCCAUGUGGAUCCUUGCUUCGAUGAAGGACAGCACCAUUAAACUCAUAGUCAUCACUGCGUUCCUGUUCAUUUUUGUAACAAUAAUGAACUGGGGUAUUGUUGCGAAACCUUUCGAGAUACUAGCCGCUGCCGCAGGGUGA